AAAAGCGUAGUUUCAUGUGUGGUUUGUAGCUUAGAUCCUUAAUUGUAGAAGUAAAUGGUUUUGAAUACGGCAGUUAUUUAACAUAUCUUCUUUCUACACGGCUUUCUGUGUUACAGGCAAGAGGGACUUUACAAGCGUGGAGAGAAAAACCUGCAGAUGUAAAUAUUCCCAGAGACUGAUGUAAACAUGAGCUGAUGCCUUUGACUGGAAGAAAUAACUAUCCACCAGUAUAAAUAUGUCAGGUUUCAGUUCUGAGUUAAUCGAGUAUUUGGAAGGAAGAAUAACUUUUGAAGAGUUCGACCGGAGAAGAGGAGACCGGAAAGCCGAGGAGUCAGGAGCAGUAGCAGAAGAUGUUGAAAACAACGCUGAACCCUCCACCUCGGAGCAAGCGCUGUCAAAAAUUGAGGAAGGAGUCAGCCCAGGAGUCCAGCUGGCCUUCUCUUCCAUUCUGAGAGAAACUGCAGACCUGCCAUCGUCAGAGGAAGAGGAGAAAGAGGAGGAGGAAGAUACCCUGAGCUUUGUCGACGAUGAAAACGAUGAAGACUACAAUGCAGAGGAUGACAUGGGGAGAAAGGCGAAGACUGAAGAGAGAGAGAAGAGGCGACGGGUGAGAGGGGGAAGAAAAAGGGUUAGCAGGAAAAAAAAACUGUCCCGGGCAGAGGAGGAUGCAGAGGAUGCAGAGGAUGCGGAGGACGCGGAGGAUUUGACAGUAGGAGACGUGUUUGCCCUGGAGAUGGAGCUGAACCGAGAAAAUAAAAAGUUUAUGAAGGGGCGUCGUCAUGGCAGCAAGCUGCCUCAGGCUCUCAGGGGCCUGAUGGGAGAAGCCAAUAUUCGCUAUGCAAGGGGAGAAAAGGACGAUGCCAUCCUGAUGUGUAUGGAAAUCAUAAGACAGGCUCCCCUGGCCUAUGAGCCUUUUUCGACGUUGGCCAUGAUUUACGAGGAUAACGAGGACAUGAACAAAGCGCUCCAGUUCGGCCUCAUCGCCGCCCACCUCAACCCCUCCGACUGUGAGGAGUGGAUUCGAAUGGCUGAAAUGUCUCUGGAGCAGGACAACAUCCGACAAGCCAUCAUUUGCUACAGCAAAGCUAUCAAAUACGACCCCACCAACGUGCGGUAUCUGUGGGAGCGCUCCAGCCUCCACAUGCGUUUGGGGGAACACAGACAGUGCAUGGACGGUUACCGCAGGAUCCUGUCUUUGCUCCCAAUGGAAGAUGGAGAGCACUUCAUGCAGCUCUCCAAGGACAUGGCCAAAAGUUACUACGAGAGCAAUGACCUGCCUGCAGCCCUAAGUGUGAUUGAAGAAGCUUUGUCAAGACAUCCCACCUUGGUUAGUGACGACAUGAUCAACAUGGCAGCAGAACUGUACAUUUCCAACCACCAGUACAACGAGGCCAUGCAGGUCUUGGUCCGAUUUGCAGGUAUUGUUUUAAUUACAGGAAAUUCGGAACAUGCAACACAACAGCAUGAAGAGGAAGUGACCAAGGAGCAAGAGGAGACGGAUGAAGACGGCACAAAGUCAAGUACCACUGAAGAAAUGGCAGCAGUGGAAAACUGUGAAGUACCAGACAGUGUCCCAGUGGACCUGAAGGCCAAGCUUAUCGUCUGCCUCAUACACCUGAACGUCUUUAUGCCUCUGGAAGGCUUAGUUUCCUCACUGAUGGAGCAGAGUCCAGAGGAGAUUGGUGACUUGUACCUGGACAUAGGUGAAGCUUUCCUCGAGAAGGGAGAGUACAUGUCUGCUCUGCCUUUACUGUCUGCCCUCAUCAUAACGGACAAGUACAAUCUAGCUGUUGUUUGGCUCCGACAUGCAGAGUGUCUGAAAGCUCUGGGUCACAUGGAGGCUGCAGCAGACAGCUAUACGAAGGUCGUGCAGAUGGCACCGCAGCACCUAGAGGCCCGGCUCUCCCUCGCCACUCUGCAGCAGCAGCUGGGUCGGAUGGAUUGUGCUCUGAAAGCGCUCGAGUCCAUGUACGAUAGUGACAUAUUGGCACAAGAUUCAUCAGCUGCACAGAAGGAAUUAAAGCUUCUGCUGCAUCGCUCCACACUGCUGAAGGCACAGGGCCAGAAGCAGGACUACCUGGAUGCUAUGAUUACCAUGAUUUCAAUGCUGCUUAAGGUGGCCAUGCAACGGGCUAAGGUGUGUGUGAGUUCUGUAAUCCUGUCAGGAGAGAAUCACCUUAGGUUGGUCAAAGUUGAGGACAUGCUGCCAGAGAUUGCUGACCAUGAAACAGCUUACCUGGAUAAUACAGGUAAAACCAAUGUUUUGUCCAAAGAGGACUGGUGGCAGCUCCUGGUGAGCUGUGUGCUGAUGCUGUGUGAGGUGAAGCGCUACACGGAGGCCGAACUCCUCGUGGAGUCGGCCAUGGAGUUCUACUCCUUCUAUGACAAUAAGCCUAGGAGGAAAGAACUGGAGUUUUUUGGCCUGUCUGCCACCAUCCUUGACCACAACUACUACAAGGCCUACAACUACAUCAGAUUGAUGCUUAUGGAAAAUGUUAAUCUGCCUCAGCUUUGGAAUGUUUUCAACCAGCUGACAAUCACCUCCCAACAUCAGCGUCACCACCGCUUCUGUUUGCGUCUACUGUUAAAACAUCCCGACAACCACGCCUUGUGUGUCCUCUGCGGACACAAUGCCAUGGUGUCAGGGAGCUUCAAGCAUGCUUUGGGCCAGUAUGUUCAAGCCUUACAGACUCACCCUGACAACCCGUUGCACAGUCUGUGUGUGGGUCUCACAUUCUUCCACAUGGCAUCUCAGAAAUAUGUAGCGAAACGGCACGCACUGGUGCUGCAGGGUUUCUCCUUCCUGUGGCAGUAUGUGCAGUUGCGCGGAGAGUGUCAAGAGAGUAUGUACAACUUGGGCCGAGCGCUGCACCAGAUGGGCCUCGCACAUUUAGCCAUACAUUACUACCAAAAGGCCCUUAAACUACCUGCACAUAAAUUGGAUGGCAUCAUGGACCAUCAAGUUGAUCUGAAGAUGGAGAUUGCUUUUAACUUGUCACUUAUCUACCAGGCCAGUGGGAACAUGAGGAUGGCCCAGGAGCUUAUUAAAACAUAUUGUGUUGUUUGAAAAUGUAUAGACACGUUGAGACACCAGUUCAUUUUUUGGCUACUAAAUUGCUGUGAAAAUGUGAUGGUCUCAGAAUUCAGUAUUCAUCAAAGCAGAACCUAAUUAAAAAAUUUUUAAAAUCUGCAAGAAUUUUACUGUUGUAUAAAACUAUCAGUUACAAAAAAUUUAACUGAAGAGAAAGACAAGAAAUGUAGAAAAGAAAAAUAUAGAAACUAAGACAAAACUAAAAGAAAUCUAAUGAAAUACACACUAUGGUAUUUAUUCAUUUAAGUGUUUACAUUAUAUCAGUGGUUCCCAACCUUUUCCAACUCAGAGCCCCCUUUUUGUUUUCAUGUGUCUAAAUAAAAUCUUUUCGUUAAAUAGAUCACCAUAAAGACCAGUUAGAAGUGAAGAACCUGCCCAGAACCAGAACCGUCUAUUUUCUGUAGUUCCACCAACAAAUGACUUCUACUAGUGUUUUCUUUCUAAAAUGAAUCUGAGCCAGAACCGAAAGGCUAACUGGAUCUUGUUCAUGUGAAUUAAAGUGUUUUAUAUGUAAAAGUGCAGAAA